AUGCCUUCAUCAAUGCCUCUUCCGGCAGCCAUGCACCUGCCUGGGGACAUAUCGAAGAAGGAAAGUUCGAGCGAGCGGAGAUAUCUGAUCUAUUUCCUACCCGGCAACCCGGGCGUGGUAGCUUUCUAUCAAAGGUUUCUGAACCAGCUGUCAGAGGCUUUAAGGAAUUCGAAAGCGGCAGAAUAUGAUGUCGAGAUCUUUGGAACUAGUCUGGCUGGAUUCGAAUGCGAUGCACCGAACCCUUCUUACCGUGCUCAGAACCCGCCUGUGGAUAUCGAUGGACAGAUUGAAUUCGUGGAGAAGAAACUCUCUAGGUACUUGCAGUCGAAGGCAGGGGAUGGAGGAGAACCUACUCGAGUCGUUCUUGUAGGGCACUCGCUCGGAGCGUAUCUUGCGAUGGAGAUGCUACAGCGACGCAGAGACUCGCUACGAGCAAAGGAAACCCUGAAGUAUCACUACAGACUCGUCUCUGCCAUAGGCCUGUUCCCAGGAUUGGUCCAUCUCGCCCAAGGCACAAUGCCAGCGAAACUCGCAUGGCUCGACUCGGUGCCAUGGGGAGCGCCGCUGCUCUCGACACUCGUUCGACUCGUUUGUCUCCUUAUACCAGCCUUCAUUCUGCAACGCAUCAUUGCCACCGCUACAGGCUAUCCCGCCGAAGACGCCGACAUAGCCUCCCGCUGGCUGAGAAGCAAAUGGGGCCUCCACGAAAGCCUACACCUAGCGAAAGAAGAAAUGAAGAGAAUCGCAGACGAUACCUGGGAUGAGGAAGUUUGGGGAUCACCGCACCCAACAAUUCUGUCAGAACCACGGCCGAAGCUGUUCUUUCUGUUUGGCGAACAUGAUGACUGGAUCCCUAGUGGACCGAGGGAUGAGCUUAUUGCGGCGAGAGGUCGACCUGCUGGAACUGAGGGUUCUGCGAAUGAAUGGAGGGCGACUAUGGAGAUUGAGAGGACUGGCAUUCGUCAUGAUUUCGCGGUUAAGCACAGCAGGCCUGUGGCGGUCAAGGUGGCUGGAUGGAUCGAGCAGAUCGUGGAGAGCGAUGCCAAAGCAGCCUGA